AUGUCGGUACCAGAAGAAAAUCAAACCUAUCGAUGGGGAUUCCUAUUUGAAAAUGUACACUUCACCGCCUUUGAUGAUGUCAACAACCAGUUGAUAGAGAUGGAAUACCAUGGCCGUGGGGCUCAUUACAGUCAUAGUAUUGAUAUCGUAGAUAGCAAUCUCAAGUACCCCGCCAAAAUAUACUUUGGAGUCGCUCAAACACAUCUCCGCAUGCCUGGCACUCGCUACUACGUGCAGCGUCGAGAAAUCAAAAUCCAGUCACCACCAAUGCCCGCACCACCGAGCGACCAACACAUCGCGGUAGACCAGAUGUACUACGCAAUCCCAAUGGGAGUGUGGACCAGGGACGAGUUAUCAAAGCUUGGCUUAGGUGCUAUCCUUCAGCCUCCAACCCUCAGCGUUCAGUGGCAAGACUGCAUCGCCCAGCUCUACCAGGUAUCAGCCACGCCUAUCAAUCUACUUGACGGACAGCUUCAAAGAAAAUGA